AGAGAGAGAGAGAGAGAGAGAGAGAGAGAUUACCGCACUCCUUUAACGGGGUGCACCAUUUCACUCCGCUCCACUGUGCGCGUAAAAAGGCAACGGGCACCAAAAAAAGGAGAGAGGGAGAGUAAGAAUUCUAGAGAGACACACAGAGAGAGAGAGAGUCCUUGAAUUGCCACUCGAUGCAGUCGGCUAUGUCCAGCGCUCAGUUUUCGCAAUCUUUUCCUUGUACAACUAUCUAAAGGUUGGCACACUCUCAUGGUUUUACCUCCCGUAGGAUGGGAUUAACUUUGUCCGGAAGAUACAUCUCACUGGUGCUGGCUGUUCAAAUAGCAUAUUUGCUCCAGACGGUUGGAGCGGCGGGGAAAUGUGACACCGUGUUUAAGGGCUUCUCAAACUGCCUGCUUCAGCUGGGAGAGAACAUGGCCAGCUAUCCACAGGAGCUGGACGAGAAGGAGAACCUGCAAACCAUCUGCACAUAUUGGGACGACUUCCACUCGUGUGCCACCACAGCGCUGGCGGACUGCCAGGAGGGAGCGACGGAGCUGUGGGAGAAACUCAAGAAGGAGUCGAGAAACCUGGAGUUUAAAGGCAGUUUGUUUGAACUGUGCGGUGAAGGAAACGACGCGAGCACACCAUCAGCCUCUCCAGCCGGGCUCCCCCUGCUGCUCAGCUCCCUCUCCGCCCUGCUCACAUGGAUCCAGUUUUAGCGCCCAGCACCAAACCCAGAAGAUCACCACAAAGACAUUUUUAGCUCACAUGAAAAGAAGAAUACGGGAAACCUUGGGUGGGGUGGGUUGGCG